AUGAAGCACAGCGAGAUGAAUCACGGUGAUAUGAAUCAGGGUCACAAGGACAUGUGUUCUAUGAACAUGUUGUUUACUUGGAAUUACGAGAACACAUGUGUAGUGUUCAAAUGGUGGCACAUUCGUACUGUGCCGCAAUUGGUCUUUAGUAUGAUCGUAAUCAUACUAAUAUCUCAUCUAUAUGAGUAUUUGAAGUACUACGCAGGUAGAUCAGUGGCCACUGGUGGCUCAGGUAACGGACGGUCUGCGAAAAUCAGUCGAGCCAGUUGGUACGGCCUUCAGGUCGGAUUUUCGUUUAUGCUCAUGCUGGUCUUUAUGACAUACAAUGGAUGGCUCAUGCUGGCGGUGGUUAUGGGCGCGGCAUGGGGUAAUUAUUCAUGGGGCAAUAGCACAGUCGACAAUGGUGGUACGCGUAGUUUGGCGUGUCAUUAG